AUGAACAAGAAGAACAACAUUGCCAACACCAAGAAUCGGAAGAACAAUGGUAAGAACAAUGGCAAUAAGACUAGUAAUAUCAACAACCGCCAGUAUCAGUACCAUGCCUGCUGCCGAGAGCAGAAGGAGACGAUGACCAACUUGGCCAAGGAGAACCAGCAGAUUGCAGAAGAGGAACAGAGUCGCCACACUGAGCUGAAGGACAAGUUCCAGGCGGCCAUCAAGGACGUGCAGGAGAAGAUGGACGCGGAGCUGGAGGUGCGGCAAGGCUUCCUGAAAGAGAACGACGACCUACGAGGCAAGUUGCAGAAGUUCAACGAGACCUACGAAACACAGGAGGGGCAACUGGCCGAGCAGCAGGAAACCCGCAACAAGGAGAUGCAGGCCGCCCAAGAACGGCUGACGGAGCACGAGGCGAUGUGUGCUGCUUCGAAGGUGAAUGCCUCACAGCUGGAGAAGCAGAAUGAGGUUCUCAAGAAGACACAGACAACCCUGCAGAACGACCUGCAGGGCAUUCUGAAGAAGUUCGACGAGUUCUCCCAGCAAGUCACUGGCUCCAACAAGCGCCAUAGUGAGUGCAAGGAGGAGAUCGACUCGCUGCAGUCGCACAUGGAGGAGCUGGAGAAGGAGAACGUCGACUUGCGCAACAGCGCGCGCCUGGCUGAGCUCACCUCCGAACAGCAGGUGAUGCAGAAGCAGCGGGACGCCCUCGAAAAGCUGUGCGAUAACUUGCAGAAGGAGAACCAGCGCCUGAAGCAGCAGCUACCGGAGAAGCGAUGA